AUGUUCAGCAUGUUCUCACUAUGUCGUACAGAAACUAAUACCCAAUUUGAACAUAAAAAGUAUAAAAAACAAUUGGGUAGAGUGUGUACACCCUUUGCACUGUUCCUGCUGCUGUUGCUAUUGCUGAUAUACCUAAAGGGCUAUGCAGAAAUAGAAGAAGAAGAAGAAGAACGUGGUCGGAUACUUUAUGAUAUACCGUGCAAGGUUUGUAGGGAUCAUUCAUCUGGCAAACAUUAUGGUAUAUUUGCCUGUGACGGGUGUGCUGGUUUCUUUAAAAGGUCAAUAAGAAGAAAUCGACAAUACGUUUGUAAAGCCAAAUCCGAGGGUGGUUGUACGGUUGAUAAGACGCAUCGUAAUCAGUGCAGAGCUUGUAGAUUGGCCAAAUGCAUCGAAGCUGGCAUGAACAAAGAUGCCGUGCAACACGAACGUGGCCCACGUAACUCCACUUUGCGUCGUCAAAUGGCAUUUUUUUACAAGGAACCAGAAAUGAUGAGUAGCGUAGUACCACAACAACCAAGUGCAGCCUUAGAUCUUGCAUUACCAAAACCACCAACGGAACCACGAGUAUCCGUCGCACCACCUACGCCUCAUCAUCAACUUCCACAUCCAGCUUAUUGCAACAUCCUCGGUGUACCUAAAGUUCCAAUAACAAUGGGAGAGUUACCAAUCUACCCGUUGAUAUCAACGAUCACGGUGGAAUCGAUUUGCGAGCAAGCAGCUAGAUUAUUAUUUUUAAAUAUCAAAUGGACAAGAGAUUUAAUAGCAAAUACUGAAUUAGAAUUGGAAGAUCAAUUGAUAUUAUUGAAAUCAUCUUGGAGAGAAUUGUUUCUUUUAGCUACAGCACAAUUGUUGCCAACGUUAGAUCCAACACCUUUGAUGCUACGCGGUGGUGGUCCCCAAGAACAAAACUUAGCUGUCGAAGUAGCGAAUUUUAAGAAUACCAUUGCUGGCUUUACCGAAGUCAAUCUCGAUCAACACGAAUACGCGUGUGUCAGAGCAAUUGUCUUGUUUAAGACUGGUAUUGACAAUUAUCCUAUAUCAAGUAGCAGAAACAGUUGUUCGGGAUCACCUUCCUCCAACAAUGGAAAUUUAUCAAAUGGUGCAGCUACGAUCAUAAGAUUACACGACAGUGCACAAUUAGCUCUUGGACAAAGAUUAAGCGGUGCUUUGGGUAUACUUAGGCUUAGAAAAGUUUUAUUACUCUUGCCAUCGUUAAAAUCUGUUUCCUCCCAAGCCAUUACCGAACUUUUUUUCAAAAGAACUAUCGGACACAUUCCAAUGGAAAAAAUCAUUUGCGACAUGUACAGAUCCGAUUCCAAACAAUAAUUUCACAAAUUGUUUAAUUAUUAUCAAUUAGUUUUCAUUUUGAACGGAUUAAAGAUAAACAUCGAAACGUUCAAAUGAGUUAAUUAAGAAAACAAAAAACGAAUAAAUGUUUUCAUUUA